AUGAGCAGUUUAAGAUCAAAGGUAGGAACAGUAAUCCAAAUUUGGCAUAGUUAAGACAGUUUUGAUCCAAUGAGCAAUAGAACUGUCUUUUUCUGGGUUUUGAAAGAUAAGGAUGUUUCUUGUUUAAAUUCAAAAAAGAACGUUUCUAACUUGAUGGUGACAAGUGAACUAAAAAUGGGACAAAGAAUUGCAACCACAUCGUUUGCAGACAAUUUUUUUUACAAGGAGUGAGGGGGUGGGGGAGAGGAUGGUAGAAUAUUGGAAUCUCCAGAAGGUGUGCAAUUGAAACCCAGUAGUAACCCUUACCCUGUACUGAACCAGAACAACGCAGACUUGCACCGUUUCCUGAACUUCAGAUUCCCUUCUUAACCCCUUACACCCUAACAUCAUUAUGCAUGCUUUCCAUACUAUUCUCUAUACAGUUCCCAAGGUGCUGACAAGGAGAAUAUGUUUAACAAUCGAGAGCUUCUUUAGUUGGUGAUCAUUUCCUUUACUCUCACGACCUUAGUGUUUGAUUUAAGGGUGAUAUUGUCAAGAGAAAAAACAAUUAGAUGUUACUGACUCUAAUGGGUCAAAGGAUCAAAGUAACAUCAUAGAUAUGGAUUGGAUCAAGGGAUCUCCUGGAUUGGGAAAUCAUGCCGCAAAUUGUCAUUGCAAUGCCUCUCACCAGUAUAAUGUUUUUCUUGGCACCAUUACACCAGGUGUUGUCUUGCUACCGGUCACUUCACAGGACGCGGCUUAAAGUUUUCAGAGAUGACAGUUUUGCUUUAGAGGCUGGAAAACAGAGGAUAAGAACUGAAUUUCUAAAGCACAAAAAUGAGACAGAUCCAGCAAAAUUGCUGAACUUAUUCAAAUGGCAGAGGGUGCAGAGAAGGUCCUGA